AUGUCGGGCCUCGCCGAUUCCAAGUACGAUGAGAAGUCUGGGGUGGACGAAGCGAUGCGGGAGAAGAGCAUCGGCGGCCACCAUGCCGAGAUUCUUGAGAACAAGGAGCUCAUGACUGAUGCGCAGAAUGCUGAGACGCGCGAACAUGAGAUGGGGUUGUGGGAGGCUGUCAAGGAUCAUCCCGCGGCUUGUUUUUGGGCCUUUGUCUUUUGUUUUACAAUUGUCAUGGAGUCCUUUGACAUGUUCUUGAACGGUAAUUUUGUCGCUCUUACCGCUUUCAAGGAACGAUACGGAGUCGAGGUUCCGGGAGAGGCUACCAAGGCCAUUCCUACAAAAUGGCAGAGUUCGCUCUUCCAGGCUGGCCAAUGCGGCGCUUUUAUUGGUGUUUUCAUCGUUGGUCCAAUUACCGAUCGUCUUGGUUACCGCUGGACGAAUCUCUUGGCUCUCGUUCUUAUGAAUGCUACCAUUUUUGUUUCUUUCUUCGCCGAUUCACUCUCCUUACUUGUCGUCGGGCAAGCAUUAGAAGGUGUUCCAUGGGGAAUGUUCAUUGGAAACUCGCCCGCUUAUGCUAGUGAGGUUGUGCCACUUGUUCUUCGUGGUGCCUGUACAGCAACUCUGCAGCUUUCUUGGUCUAUCGGUGGUCUUCUCGUCGCUGGUGUCACCUACUCGUUCAACAAACGAAACGAUGAGUGGGCGUGGCGAGGACCUCUGGCCCUGCAAUGGAUGUUUCCUCUACCCCUCAUGGUGCUUAUCUUUUUCGCUCCCGAGAGUCCUUGGUGGCUAGUACGCAAAGGACGUAGGGAGGAAGCCCUUGUAUCCCUCAAGCGCCUCGGCCGCAGGAACGGCACUCAGGCAGCCGCCGAGCAUACCCUGGCUAUGAUGGAACGUACUGCUGAGAUUGAAUCUCAUGCAGGCGGCAAUGCCAAAUUCAUGGAUCUCUUCAAGGGAGUUGAUCUUCGUCGAACGCUGAUUACCUGCUUGAUCUAUGCGUCGCAAAACUUCGCCGGUAACUUGAUUGCCAACCAAGCCACAUUCUUCUUUGAGCAAGCUGGAAUGUCUACCGACUUUUCCUUCAAGCUCAACAUGAUCAAUUCGUCUCUGCAGCUGGUUGCUAAUAUGCUUGCCUGGCCUCUAAGCGCAUACUUUGGUCGCCGUACAAUCUAUCUUGUAGGAACAGCCACGAACGUCUUAAUGUUGUUCCUUCUCGGCAUCUUCGGUUCACUCCAUCAGACCAGUGCGACAAACUACGCACAGGCUUGUCUCGGUGUCAUCAUCUCGUUCGUAUACGCUUUGGCCAUGGGUCCCAUCACAUACUCCAUCAUUGCGGAAGCCUCCUCGGUCCGCCUUCGUGCCCUGAGUACUGGUAUCGGUCGUGCGGCAUACUACGUUGCCGAGAUUCCCAUGAUCUACCUGGCUUCGCGAAUGCUUAACCCAACUGGCUGGAACAUGGCCGGCAAGUGCGGAUAUGUCUGGGGAGGCACGGCCUGCGUUUGCUUCAUCUCAGCUUACUUUGGUCUUCCCGAGUUCAAGAACCGCUCUUACCGUGAGCUCGAUAUUCUGUUCAACCGCAGAGUUCCUGCCAGGAAAUUCAAGUCGACUAUCAUCGACGUCACGGAGAACGAGUAG